AUCAGGUUGAGUGUAGGACCGUAUCAACCAAUCAUAGGAUUUUAUGUUUGACACUUCUGUGGAGAGUAGUGGAAUUUUCGGAAUAAUUGUGUCGCUCUUCAUAAUUUUCGCGUCGAAAACAGACACCCGUUUCAAUGCGUAUAAAUAUUCCGUAUUCACGAACACCCUAUCCCCAGACAACCCAAAAAGCGGAAAUAAAGGCGAAGAAAGGGGAAAUAAAGGGGUUAAUGCUUCGGUAGCGAAAGGGGAAAUAAAGGGGAAAACGCAUUAGAAAUUCGCCUUUUUCGCCUGUCCGGGGGAAAUAAUGCGGAUUUUCCCCUUUUUCGCCUUUUUGUCGACAAAUUACCGACUUAUCGCCUAAAUAUCCGCCGAUUUGUCGCAUUUUCGCCUAAAUAUCCGCCGAAUUGUCGCAUUUUCGCCUAAAUAUCCCCCAAAUCGUCGCAUUUUCGCCUAAAUAUCCGCCGAAUUGCCUACUUAUGCGCUUAAUUGUCUACUUUUCGCCUAAAUACACACAUUACCUCCUAUUGUCUAUCCAUCGACAGAACCUUAAAGGUCUCCUAUGUCCGCCUUUAUUUGCAACAACAUACCGAAGUAUAUCUGCAAUGCAGUGGAAAAGCAGUAAAUAUUUUAAAAAAUUUAUUUAAAAAGAAAAGCGUAUUGUUGUACAACAGUAAAGCACAAGCUUAAGCAUCGAUUGUUAUGCAUAUCCAAUGCAAUUGCUAAUUCAUUGUUAUUUGUAAUUAUCUGAAAAACAAGGAACAGGUUAUAUUUUAUUCAUAAGGAAUGUGCAUUUAAUCAAAAGUUCACUGAAACUCAGACACACAUUCUCAACACUUCAACAGUUUCCCAUGUAAGUAAAAGAGUAAGCUGUUUGAAAGAAUAAUGUUUAUUGAAAUCGAGGUAGAACAACAAAAAAAUUGCACGGACUAUUCAGAAUUGAGGUAGUCCUCCUGUGAAUUCUGAAAUAAAAAAACGAACAAAAAAAGUCACAACCAUAUCUCAAUGACAUGCUUUUGCACAGCUAAAUACUUGAAGCUGAACUUACGGUUAUGUUCGUUAGUAUUGUUGACUGUAACUAUAGAGCCGUAGGGAGGUUAUCACUUUAAAUUAGUACAUACCUGGUCUUGUUUUCUUCUAUUACGCUUCAUCAUCUUGUCUCGGAUGUCGUGAAAGUAACCUUGUGUCGGUAUGUCGUACAGCUUACCAAGGAAUCGGGUGAUCACCCGAUUCCAUGGAGAUUUUGGGUAAAUUUUGGGUUUCUCAAAGCCUUAUAAACGUUCUUAGUUAUCCUCAAAGUUUGGGUAUAUACUGGUGUGAUACUGGGGAAAAAUCAAAAUCUUAUGGGGAUUUCCCAAAACCGAAGUGAAAUUUCCCAUACUUGGGGAAAUCUUGGGGUUGUCUUUCCAUUUCCCAAAAUUUCUCCAAAACGUACGAAUUCCCUAAAACCGAAAGUUAGGACACUUACAAAAACACGGGAUUGUAAAAGUGCUGGUUCGUGGUUAGGUGUACGUUUUUCAUCUUGAACUGACAUCAGCUAUAAUUUUUUGGAUCCAUUUCUCUUAAAAGUAUAGUAGGUACUGAUUGAUUAACUCGUCCGUGAAGUGCGCUAUCAGUUUUACAGUUUCAGGCAUGAGUGAUUGUACUUAGGAUUUCGAGAUAGUGUCCAUUUGUCUGCUAUAUACAGUAUAAAGAGACAAGUUUGUCUAAUUUAAAUUGUGUAAUCGAUAGGUUGAACACAGUAUUUAGCAAUAGGUUGGCGUAACCUCUAAUCGGUAUGUGUUUACUCGUCACUGCAGUGAGCUCAGUGUUCAAAAGAUUUUAGAGUUAUCCCUUUUUAUGAAUCUCAUGGUGUAGGGUAAGUGGGCGAGACUCUAAUUUAGGGACGAGACAAUCAGAAGCGUUCGAGCGAUUUCAAGGUCACAGAGCCAAGUUCAACACGUGGUGCUAACAUACGAUUGGUUCACAGUGGAUUUUAGAGAAGUAAAGACGAGUUGAUGGUUUCUUCAUCAACAGAAGAAUUGUUCGCUUGGGGUUCGUGCGAAGAAGGACAACUAACUUUAGAUAAAAAUGAUGCCUAUCAGAUUCUUAUCCCAAAAGCAUUAGAUGUCCGGAAUCUACCAACAUUUAUACAAAUCACUUGUGGAUACGCACAUACAGUCUUUCUAACUGUUGAUGGGGAAGUAUACAGCUGUGGGUGCAAUGAGUUUCAGCAGUUAGGUCACGGACAAGCUGGUGGUCAGUUAGCAAAAGUAGUUGCUUUAGAACACUACAGAAUAAUAAGCGUAGCUUGUGGAGCAUACCAUAAUGCUGCCAUUACUUAUAAUGGACUUUUAUUUACUUGGGGCUGCAACUCCAAUGGACAACUUGGUCGUGAAGGAGAUGACACAGGAGUUAAGCUAGUUCGAGCACUAUCGGAUCAUAAAGUUGUUCAGGUUAGCUUAGGUGUAGAACACACACUUGUCUUAACAGAUACUGCUCGUGUAUUCUCAUUCGGUUCCAAUCUUAAAGGCCAAUUAGGUUUAGGUUUUAGUUCAGAACAAUCGAUAUCAAUACCACAACAAAUUCUUUGUCUUUCCGGUUUACCUGUCCGACGUAUAGUUGCAGGGGGUUGGCAUAGUUUUGUUCUAACUGUCAGUGGUUCACUUUAUGCUUGGGGAUCUAACAAUUAUGGUCAACUUGGCUUAUCAUACUUUGGCUCUUCACCAAAGGAUCAUCAAAAUGAAUUGACACUAACGUAUGGUUCGGUUGGUAGUACCAGUGUUGAUGAUGAACAAUCGAAAGAUCGUCCAUUUUCACUCCUUGAUACAAGUCUAAGUAAUGUAUCUAUUCCAACUUUUGUGAAAACUUUACGGGGUUGUGAAAUUGUUUAUUUGGCUUGUGGUGAAGCACAUACAGUUGCACUUACUCGAGAUGGUGGUGUUUUCACUUUCGGUGCUGGCAGAUAUGGUCAAUUAGGUCAUAAUGAAUCAACUAUCGGCAUAUCUGUACCACGUAAAAUUACUGAAUUUAUGGGUAAUGUUGUCACUCAAAUAGCUUGUGGUCGAUUUCAUACAUUGGCGCUAGUUCCCAAAACUGGUCGAUUAUUUGCAUUUGGUCAAGGCGCUAAUGCACAACUUGGUAUGGGCGAUACAACAAAUCGUUUAUUACCUUGUCCAAUUAAAGGACACUGGGUUUCAUCUCAUAAAUUGAAUAGUAAAGAAUCUACUGUUGGUACCGAUUCUUCUUCCAGUAAACCUUAUGUAAUUCGACGAAUAUUCUCCGGUGGUGAUCAUACUUUUUUGUUAGCUCAACUGUAUCAAACUGGUGAAAUUGUGGAUGCUGAUGAUUUGCGCAAUUGGAAUCGUUCAUCAUUACAAUCCAUUCUUACUGUUUGUCCUGAAAUUGUAGAACAACUUAGAAGUGCUCAUACUGCACUAGCACUUCCACCUCCAAUUUCUAGAUGUAUAUCACUUUCUUCAUCUCGUCCAUUAACAUCUCUCAGUUCUACAUCAAAUGAACCAAUGGCAAUUGUUUCAAAGGUUGAAUCUGUAUAUUCCUCUUUAGGUUGUUUAUCAGCAAGUUGUCUUGAAGAAAAGGAGCCAAACAGUCAUUUUAAAACAGGCCGAGAGGAACACGGUGUAGAUUUAGACUUAGCUUGUACAUUGCAGUCACAGAUUUUUCAUAUUCUACCGAAAAGAGAUUUAAAACGCUUGAUUAACAAACUAUUGGAUGAUGUGUUGUCAACAUCACGUCUUAACUAUCCUAGUAUUGAAUGUCUCCGAGGUCUAAUGUUUAUCGCUGUAUCUGAUUUACUAAAUAUGCCUCGAAAACCAAUUAUAGACGAAGCAGUCUCUGACGUGAACAAAAUGGAUAUAACUUCAGAAAUGAAUACAAAUUUUGAACCAUACCCUGUUCUGAGCGCAGGAUUCUCUACUCCUGGUCUAGUUUUGAAUGCUUAUUCAGUUGCUAUCAACAGACUUGAUCCAGCGCCUUCAAAAAUAUUAGAUCGGUGGUUUACAAAAAUGCAACCACGUUAUUUGAAAAAAUUAGUUCUGAAUUUGAAUAAUUUAAUUUCAUAUAUAUUGGACAUGCAACCAGCUUCAGCGUACAGUCAACGUAAAUUAAAAGAAGAAAGCAUUCGUCAAGCAUUGGAAUUUAUGAAACGUUUACAUCGAGUUAAUGAAAAUCAUCCCAAUCCAAUCUCUUAUAAUAGUUUUUAUCUACCAUCGUUAAAAGAUAAAAUUAAUAUAGGAAGCGCAUUCGUAAAUUGGUUACAAGAAUGUAAUUCCGGUGGAAUGCGUUUCUUUUCAUUCUGCGAUUAUCCAUUUGUAUUUGACGCUGCAUCCAAAGCUGAAAUGCUUAACAUUGAAGCUCGUUUAACAAUGCAACAAGCUAUGUCACAAGCGCAACAGUCUGCCAUUUUUCAAAGUUUACUCUCACCAUUUAUUGGUUCACGUAUGUAUGAUGGCGGUACAACAUCACCGUACUUCACCAUUAUUGUUAGACGUGACAAUAUUCUUCAAGAUACACUUUCUAAUUUGACAAUGGCUAAUCCAGCUGACUUCAAGAAGUUACUUAGGGUGAAAUUCGAAAAUGAAGAAGCGGUAGAUGAAGGUGGUGUAAUGAAAGAAUUUUUCUUAUUAGUUAUGCGAGAUUUACUCAAUCCUGUGUAUGGAAUGUUUCGUUGUUACUCAGAAUCUCGAAUGUUAUGGUUUAGUGAAUCGACAAUGGAAAGUGAAAAUGUCUUCCUAAUGGUCGGUAUCCUAUGUGGUUUAGCCAUUUACAACUCCAUUAUUGUCGAUUUAAGUUUUCCAUUAGCGAUGUUUCGUAAAUUGCUAGGUGAAACACCGGGAUUAGAUGAUCUAAAAGAAUUGGAUCCAAUUGUUGGUCGUUCUUUACAACAAUUACUGGAUUAUGAUAAUGCGGAUUUGGCUGAUGUGUUCUGUUUGAAUUUCACUGUUACAAUUGAUUAUUUUGGUGUCAAUAAAAUUAUCCCCCUGAUGGAAGAUGGUGAAAAUAUGAUUGUCACUCAAGAGAAUAAAAGUUUAUACGUUGAAAAAUAUGUUGAAUAUGUAUUUCAGAAAUCAUGUGAAACACCUUAUAAAGCGUUUGAAAAAGGAUUUCUUCAAGUUUGUGGUGGUUAUUCAUUAAAAUUGUUUCAACCAUCUGAAUUACAGUCUUUAGUUGUCGGUUCAGAAGUCGUAAACUGGGAUGAACUUCGUCAGAAUACAACAUAUCAAGGUGUCUACUGGGAUCGACAUCAAGUGAUUAUAUGGUUCUGGGAUGUAUUAUUGUAUGAUUUUACUAUUGAAGAGAAGAAGAAAUUUUUACGUUUUCUUACUGGUUGUGAUCGUGUACCAAUUGUUGGUUUUAGUGGUGUAAAGAUUACAAUUCAACCAAAUAAUAGUGGUGAUGAUUUUUUACCUGUAGCACAUACAUGUGCUAAUCUAUUAGAUUUACCACAAUAUAGUUGUAAAGAGAUAUUAGCUAAGAAAUUAUCACUAGCUAUUCAACAAACAGAAGGUUUCGGUUUAGUUUGAAUAUAAAAUUGUCGAUUUAUUCUCUUGGUUUUCAUUUCAUUUUGAAAUAAAUAUUCUUGUGUGUGUGUGUGUGUGUGUAGAUAUUGCAUAAUUAUUACUUUUCUAUUGUUAUUAUUAUUUGUAAAUUCAAUUCAAUGAUUCUAUAUCAUUUUGGAUAAGAUAGAUAAUGAUAUAUAAAUAUACACUUUGGAACAGAUAUAUUAUUGAUUGGGAGGAUUAUUAUUUUCAUUAUAAAUCUAUUUCAAUAUUGUAUAUCUGUUUCCCUUUGUUCUCUUUGUGAUUUCUUUCUUUUCUUUUUUCUAAUUGUGCUCUUUUUUUACUCUAAUUUUGUGUGUGCGAUUCUUGUAUUGUGUUGUAUUUUUUUCUGAUUUCUUUUUUUUCCCGUAAAAGUUAUAUUCAAAGAGGAAACCUAAUCUGUUUAGCUCUUCAUCAUACGCACACUGCAACUACUCACUUUUUUUCUGUCGAAUAGGUUUACAUGUUUCAUUGAAUUGAAGUAAUGAAUUAAAUGAAUCUGUUUGUUUUCGUCUUUUCUUUGAAAAUCAGAAAACAUUUUGUUGCUAGUUAAUUGAGAAAGGGUAAUGAUAUCAUUAGGUUAUUUAAAGUAUACUAAUUAGAGAGAAUAUUUUGAAACAUAGUAAUUUAUUAAGCAAAGAUAGAUAGUCGCGCGUUUCGUUCUAUUUGGGACUCGUCAGCCACUAGCUACUAUCCAUCUUUGCUUAUAAUGUUUAUAAAUUAAGGCAAUACGCACAGUAUGCACAUAUGCCAAUAAGAUACUGAUCAAUUGCAGUCCUAAACUUCAAUGAGAAGAUUCCAGUAAAACAAUACCAAGUGAAUAGUAAUUUACUGCUUAAAACUAGGAUAUUUAAACGAAUGGGUUAUGUGUUCAAUGAAAGCAACAACAACAAAACAGUUGGGAAAUUUGUUUACUUAGAUGAGUUAAUUUUUUUUUCAUGUUAAACUGUCUCUGUAGAAAUGUACCAUAAAUGUAUCAUUAUCGAAUAAAAUGUACAACUGGUAUAACCAUAGAAUUUUCAACCUACGUCGUUUAAACCAUCAUGUUUAUCGAAGAACGUUAAGAGUCAAGACUCUAGACAAUUCGACACGUUCACAAAAAGCAGCUGUUAUAACUACAAGAGUAUUUCUUAGGAUUUACUUCAAAUUCAUUCGUUGAGAUUUUAAAGAUGCAUUCUCCUCUUUAAUGACUCACAUCAACUCGACGCCCAAAUACUGUGAAACUAUUUGAUCAAAUUUAGACAUAAUUAUAUCAGUUCGUUUUAAUAAAUGUUGUUAUAGAGUUGGAAAAAGUGCAGAAUAUUGAUUACAUUAUUCAAUGUAUUAUUCUAUAUGAGUAGGAUAAUAUAACUUGUAAAUUCUUAAAAUAUUUUGAUUUCAAUACAGUGGUCAGUCUUCAUGAAAACUAACCUACUAUGUCUACUUCUAUUCCAGAAUUCAAUGACUUAUUCUUAGUGAACUUAAUUAGUUGGAAUAUAUUUUAUGACCUGAGU